AUGUUGGAUCAAUAUGACUAAGCACAAGAAUGGUUUGACAAAGCUUUGGCCAUAAAUCCAUAACAUGUGAAUUCAUUAUGGGGAAAAGGUAAUUUGAAUUAACAUAUCAUUUAAAGGCGAAUGCUUAAGAAUGAUGAAUCAAUAUGACUAAGCACAAGAAUGGUAUGACAAAGCUUUGGCCAUAAAUCCAUAAGAUGUGAAUUCAUUAUUGGGAAAAGGUAAUUUGAAUUAACAUAUCAUUUAAAGGCGAAUGCUUAAGAAUGUUGGAUCAAUAUGACUAAGCACAAGAAUGGUAUGACAAAGCUUUGGCCAUAAAUCCAUAACAUGUGAAUUCAUUAUGGGGAAAAGGUAAUUUGAAUUAACAUAUCAUUUAAAGGCGAAUGCUUAAGAAUGUUGGAUCAAUGUGACUAAGCACAAGAAUGGUUUGACAAAGCUUUGGCCAUAAAUCCAUAACAUUUAGAUUCAUUAGAGGGAAAAGGUAAUUUGAAUUAACAUAUCAUUUAAAGGCGAAUGCUUAAGAAUGUUGGAUCAAUAUGACUAAGCACAAGAAUGGUAUGAUAAAGCUUUGGCCAUAAAUCCAUAACAUGUGAAUUCAUUAUAGGGAAAAGGUAAUUUGAAUUUAAUAAUGUUUAAAGGUGAAUGCUUAAGAAUGAUGAAUCAAUAUGACUAAGCACAAGAAUGGUAUGACAAAGCUUUGGCCAUAAAUCCAUAACAUGUGAAUUCAUUAUAGGGAAAAGGUAAUUUGAAUUUAAUAAUGUUUAAAGGUGAAUGCUUAAGAAUGAUGAAUCAAUAUGACUAAGCACAAGAAUGGUAUGACAAAGCUUUGGCCAUAAAUCCAUAACAUGUGAAUUCAUUAUAGGGAAAAGGUAAUUUGAAUUUAAUAAUGUUUAAAGGUGAAUGCUUAAGAAUGAUGAAUCAAUAUGACUAAGCACAAGAAUGGUAUGACAAAGCUUUGGCCAUAAAUCCAUAACAUGUGAAUUCAUUAUAGGGAAAAGGUAAUUUGAAUUUAAUAAUGUUUAAAGGUGAAUGCUUAAGAAUGAUGAAUCAAUAUGACUAAGCACAAGAAUGGUAUGACAAAGCUUUGGCCAUAAAUCCAUAACAUGUGAAUUCAUUAUAGGGAAAAGGUAAUUUGAAUUUAAUAAUGUUUAAAGGUGAAUGCUUAAGAAUGAUGAAUCAAUAUGACUAAGCACAAGAAUGGUAUGACAAAGCUUUGGCCAUAAAUCCAUAACAUGUGAAUUCAUUAUAGGGAAAAGGUAAUUUGAAUUUAAUAAUGUUUAAAGGUGAAUGCUUAAGAAUGAUGAAUCAAUAUGACUAAGCACAAGAAUGGUAUGACAAAGCUUUGGCCAUAAAUCCAUAAGAUGUGAAUUCAUUAUGUGGAAAAGGUAAUUUGAAUUAACAUAUCAUUUAAAGGUGGUUGCUUAAGAAUGAUGAAUCAAUAUGACUAAGCACAAGAAUGGUAUGACAAAGCUUUGGCCAUAAAUCCAUAACAUGUGAAUUCAUUAUAGGGAAAAGGUAAUUUGAAUUUAAUAAUGUUUAAAGGUGAAUGCUUAAGAAUGAUGAAUCAAUAUGACUAAGCACAAGAAUGGUAUGACAAAGCUUUGGCCAUAAAUCCAUCACAUGAGUAUUCAUUAUAUGGAAAGGGUAUUUUUUAAACUAUUUUUUAGCCUUUCUUUUAUUAGAAUAGAGCUAAUUACAAAUCGCAUAUUCUUUAUUCAAUUAAGCUUAUAAAAUUAAUCCAUUAUAGCAAUUUAAAGAUAAAUUCUAAAGUAAUUUUCUACAUAGAUUUAGUGUAAUACGAAAAGAAAUUAAAAUAUAAAUGA